CAUUUUCUGGUUGCCUUGCCCGGCACAUUCAAUUUGGCAGUUAAGGCUGCCAAAUGGUCAACGCAAUCGUCGCUGUUUGCCCACAGCCAAUAUGAUUAGCACUGAUGACCGGGAAUGGAAAUUGAAAUUGCAAGUGCAAGUGCCAGCUCCUGACCCACAACUAUAAAUGCACUGCGGCGACGGCCCUGCCUGGUUAGUGGCAUCAUGAAGUCAGCAUUGACGGACAGCAGGCGCCGCCUCAGUUCCUCCUCCACCCAAGAUGAGGACGAUGAUGAGACCAUGUGCAGCAGAGCUGCCGUCAAGCGGAGCAUUGUCUACUAUCUCAAAAACAGCACACUGCACGGGCUCAAGUACAUUGCCGAGGAGAGCAUUACCAUUCCCGAGCGCGUUUUCUUUGGCAUUGCCUUUGUGCUGGUGGUGAUCCUGUCGGGUUUCUUUAUAUCGAACGUGUACGUCAAGUGGAGCGCCUCGCCCAUCAUUAUCUCGACGAGCGCCAAGCAGAAGCUGACCAGCAACAUGCCCUUCCCGGCCAUCACCAUCUGCAACCUGAACCAGGCGCUGCUCAGCCGCGUGCAGCGCAUCUCCCGCUCCAGCAGCAACUACUCGCUGCUGAUGGGACUCUGCGAUCAGGGCGGUGAUCUGACCAUCUCCUACAUCGGCACCUGGAAGUACUUCAAGGCCAUCCUGGUGGAGGUGGCCCAGCCGUGCGACGAGAUGCUGCUCUACUGCAGCUUCGGCUCCCGCCAGGAGCAGUGCUCCAUGCUCUUCAAUUCGAUCCUCACCGACGACGGCCUCUGCUGCAACUUCAAUGCCCUCGAUCCCUCGUAUCUGAUACGGAACUACAGCGACGAUGUGCGUCUGGAGCCGCCGCAGCAGAACGGCCGCUACGAGGCCAUCGACUGGACGGCGGAGCGUGGCUAUGCCAAGAAGCUGCCCGAGUUCUUCUAUCCCCGCACCUCGGGCGGCACCGGCAUUCGCAUGGGCCUCACUGUGGUGCUGAAUGCCUCGAUAGCGGAGUAUUACUGCACCAAGUCCAUGAGCGUGGGCUUCAAGGUGCUCGUCCACAAUCCCGCCGAGCUGCCGAAGGUCAGCAACUACGGCCUCAUCGUGACGGCGGGCAGGGAGGCGCGCAUACCCAUUGAGCCCGUGUACGAGGAUGCUCUGCCCACGAUCAGAUCGAUCAAGAAGUCGGUUCGUCGCUGCCUCUUCUCGGACGAGAAUGAUUUGGCCUACUAUCGCACCUACUCCCGCAAGAACUGCGAGCUGGAGUGCGAGGCGAAGCUGCUGCUGCGCGAAUGCAACUGCGUCCUCUACUAUCUGCCGCGGAUCGAUCCGGCGGCACGGGUCUGUGGGCCGAACGACAACAUCUGCACGAAUCGCGUGCAAACGGAGAUCGAGUCCUCGCUGACGAAUCUCUCCUGCGAGAGCUGCUGGCCCGGCUGCUUCGAGCUGACCUACAAGGCCACCUUGUCCACCUCGUCCAUCGUGUCGGAUCCGCGCUUCCAGUCCGGCGAGAAUCUGCCCGAGUACAUCUUCAAGGGCGAGCACAGCAAUGCCAGCGAGCUCUCCAUACUUCACUUUUACUACAUGACCAACACCUUUCGCAGCACCACCAAAUCCGAGAUGUUUGGCUUCACCGAAUUCCUCUCAAACACUGGCGGUCUGCUGGGCCUCUUUAUGGGCUUUAGCAUUUUCUCGGUGAUCGAAAUUGUCUACUACAUCACGGUGCGUCCUUACUGUGCAUCCCGCACGCUGCACCAACGCCGCCGACGUCGCCUCGAGCAACUCCGCUGGCUGACGCCCAUUCGGGCUCCUGGCAAGCAGCUGCAGCGACGCUUACGCCGACGCCGCCUGCUGCCACCUGUCUACAGCAAGCCGAAGCAUAAUCUCUGGCAGACGUUGCAAGUGCGACCGGCGGACACUGGGUCGGAGCCGCCCGCCUAUCCCUACCUGGACUGAGGAUGGGUUCCUUGAGUAUUGAUUCGUGGGCAAUAAAUAAACCAAAGGCAAUGACUGGGCCAACGAACGGGGUGGGC